UCUCUCAUCCUGUUCUUUCUCAGAUAUCACUGUCUUUAAAGAGGAGGUCCCAAGCCAGGCCGUAGAGUUGUCAGAUCAAGCAUCUUGAGAGUUCUGGGAGUGGUCCUGAAAGUGCUCUCCUCCAACGUCCAAGGACCAUGAUCUCUUUGGCUGUCUUUUCCAUCCUCAUCAUUUCAAUACCUGGCUUCGGCUUUGAAUCUGAGACGUAUGGUAGAUAUGACAUCCCACAAUCUUGCUGCCACUCUUAUAGCCUACGCAAGAUCCCAUACAAAAUUGUGACAGACUUCUAUGAGACCAGCAGCUUAUGCCACAAGCCAGGCGUCAUCUUCUUCACCAGCAAUGGCCAUCAACACUUUGCCAACCCUUGUGAGAGCUGGGUUUGGAGGUAUGUCAUUAGCCCAAAAUGAGAGAAGCAAGAGCACCAAAGAGUUGAGGAGUUUAUUCCCAGGUGGCACCUCUUUAUGCAGACAUUGAAUCUGAAUCAUGGAAAGAAUAACUAUUAUUUCUAAAAUAAACCUGUGUUGGACUUUUAAUAAGAA